GAGUGGGCGGGGACUGCGAGGAGCGGGCGGGCGCUGGGGCUACUGGGAGAGCUGCGCGGCGUGCGCGGGCACGAGGCGGAGUGGCCUGCCCCGGCUGAGGCGGCGGCGCGCGCGGCGGCGGGCGCGAGGCGCGGGCUGUUGUGCUCCGGGCUCUCCAGUUUCUCCUCCUCGGCGGGUGGAGGAGCCGAAGCGGUGCUGGGCGCGCUCCCCCGUCCUCUCCCUCCGGCCACCUCCCCCGGCCCUCUCGCGCUGCGCGGUCUCUCCGACGCAAGACUGUCCCGGCCCGGAUAUGGCUCGUGGACAGCAGAAGAUUCAGUCUCAGCAGAAAAAUGCCAAAAAGCAAGCUGGACAAAAGAAGAAACAAGGACAUGACCAAAAGGCUGCUGCCAAAGCUGCCUUAAUAUAUACCUGCACUGUCUGUAGGACACAAAUGCCAGACCCUAAGACCUUUAAGCAGCACUUUGAGAGCAAGCAUCCUAAGACUCCACUUCCUCCAGAAUUGGCUGAUGUUCAGGCAUAAAGUUGUUUACAGGUGAAUUCAUGACACCUUUGACUCUUCUCAGACCUUAGGUAACAAACCUGCAGCUGCUUUUCUAACAAACUGUUGAUCAGCAAAAAUAAAGGGGCUACAGAAACACUCAUUUUUAUGCUGUUCCCUUUUGGGCUUCAUGCAAAGACAAUUCUGUGUAAAUGUACAGUUGACUCUGAUUUGGAAAUCUGAAAAUCAGUCCAUCCUUGUUAUAAAAAAUUUUUUUACAAUUGUAAUUAUAUUGAUGUUCAUAUUGUGUAAAAUAACUCAUUUAAUAAAGUAGUACUUUGAUUUUACAACAUCACAGGAUAAAUGGUUCUAGAAAUUCUGUUCCAACUUUCCACAUUAUUUGCCUUAUAAAAAUCUAAUGAAUUCUUCAGCUAGAAUUGCAAGUGCAAUUCUUGUCUCCCUUUCUCAGAUCAGUGGCAGGUUCAUUAGUUAAACUAAAACAGAUUCAUUCAUUAAAUUUGUGCACAGUAUUUUAUCGGCAGCUGCUGAUCUAGGUGAAGAGUGACUUACCUGCUGCCUUAGUAUAGUGCAAUCAUGUGUUAUUUCCCCCCUCAUUGUUUCCUUUGUUUGAGGUUGGAUAUAUCAACUUGCUGUAUGAUCUGCCAACCAGGUAUACUCUGUAGAUAACUGAUAAAUUCCUAAAGCGGUUGGAUUGUCAGUGAGCCCUUCUGAACGAUUAGCUUCUGAAGAAUAUGCGAUAAUGAAAUAAUCAGUGAGCCUGUUUAAUACAAAAUACCACGGAACGUAUGUGAACUGGUAAAGGUCUAUCUUUUAUAAAUUAUACUGGAUUCUUUGGAAAUUCUUGGAGUUCUUUAAUUUGUAAUUGAAACUCAAGUUUUGAAGGAGUUUUUGGAAGUUAUCAGUGAUUUGGCCAAUUUUAUGAACGGAUUUUGCAUUAACAGUAAGAUUGGAAUGACUUGUGGCUUGGUUAAUUUACGGAACGUUCUCCCUCUUUUCCUUUUAAGUUGAGUAGUUGAUUUUAGGAGUUUACUUUGUGCUGGUUCCUAAAAUCAAAGACUGUAUAGUAUGACUUCCAUCUGAACUAGAAAAGUAUUAAAAUAGGCCAAUAUCCACAUUCUUUUGGCUGUAAGGAUGGGGAAGUGUGUUGGUUCAGAUGAAUGAGGUAAAUCCUACUGAGUUAAAGAAGACUGAUUUUAGGGUUCUUCUAAAUUGCUUUUGUCAACUAUUAACUUUACGAGUGACACUGCUGUAACUCAGUUUAAAUUUUAAAGUUAAUAUAUUAGGAAGAACACUCAAAUAUUUACUGGUAAUCGCUUAGAGCUGCAAAUAUGAUCCUGUGGAUUACAAACGCAUCCCUUUGUGCUGUAACGCAUCACUGGAUUGGUUUUGUGGCUGUGCAUAUUCUGCCCACCUUGUUGUCUUCACUGUAAGUUUAAAAUAAGAUAUUUCCAAGGAAAAGCUUCAGUGGUGAUAGUUUCUUAGCAACUCCUAUCCUUAUACUCUUACUUUGAGAUAGUCAUUUUUUUCAUGUAUUUAAUUUCCUAAGCUUCAGAUUUAGUGUCUGUUAUUUCCCAAUAUGUUGGUUACCAGAAUAUUAGAAUUUGCCUAAUUGCUUGUGGUGGGUAUUAUAGAAGUUCUGGUUAAAUUACAAUUUAAAAGUUUUUAAAAGUGCUUUGAGCAUAUGUAUGUUUAUGUUUAGUAACAAAUCAUUUAAAAACCAUUCGCAAGUUUUGGUUUAAUUUUUUUUUCAUUUGUUUUACCAACUGUAAUUUAGAAUAAAAGCUUUUUGUUCUUGUA